AUGCCUUUUCUUAGAAAAAUAACGGGUACUCAUCAUAGUCAUAGCAGAUCAAAUUCUGGAUCAUCUUUACUAUCACAAAUUCAAUCUGCUGAAAUUUCUCCUAGUUCGUCUAAAAAUAGUAACUCAAUUCUGUUUAAUUCUAAUAACUAUAAUAAUGGUAAAAGAAUUAAUAAUGAUAAAGGAUCUAAUAUAACGAUGGACCGUAACAGCAGCACCACUGCUCCUAAUGAUGAUAAUAAAAAUCAAGAAAUAGUAACCCAACCAAAUAAUGGUAGUCUACCUGUUAGAAAAAAACAACCACCUCCACCUCCAAACUCACUUGAUCAUCAUCAUCAAACAAGAAAUACUACAAGAACUUCAUAUAUGUCUAACAUCUCUGGUCUAUCAAGCUUAACAGAAAAUGAAGCAAAUAUGUUUCACUCUGAUUCAAUCACAUCCUCCUCCUCUUCGUCAUCAUCGAAUAUACAAUCCAACUAUAUACCUACUUUUCAUGUUAAUAAUAACGUAAAUAUACCAGGGACUAGUAACGAUUCUUCGUCUUUAAAAAGACCUUCUGUGUCAGGUUCAUCAACUCUUUCUGAUAAUCUAACUCUUUACACUAUAGGUGAUGAUAAUAAAAACAUUAAUACAUCACCUACGGCGCCAUCAUAUCAUAAUCCACUUACUAUAUCACACAAUGAAAAUACUGGAAGUUUAGUUGGAUCCACUACCUCUAACUCAAAUCCAAAUUCUAGAAAGUCAUCUGAUGGGAAUAGUGUAAACAGUCUUUCGUUUGAUAAAUUGAUUCUUUCAUGGGAUCCAACUGACCCUGAAGAAUGGACUAUGCAGAGGGUUCUACUGUGGUUGAAGUCUCAAGAAUUUCCCGAUCAAUGGAUAUCAUUCUUUAAAAAAAAUCAGUUAUAUGGUAACAAAUUUAUUCGAUUAUUAGCAUAUGAUAAUUUCCAAAUGUAUGAACGUUAUUUGACAAUAUCAAAGAUGGGAUCGUUUACUAGAUUUCAAGAUCUUUUGAAAAAGACAAUGACUAAAAAUGUUGAUAAUAUUCAUAUUAUGAGACAAAAAAAUUUGGACAAAAGUUUGACAAGUCAUAGAUCUUUGUCUUCAAAUCUAAGAAGUUCAAGUGAUAAUCUAAGUAAAAAUGUACAAAAUAAUACCAAAUCCCCAUUGCCAGAAAAUGGAUUGACGCUAACAAAAUCAGUUCCUUCUAAAUCUCAUACAAGCAAUGAUUAUAAAUCAAAGUCAAUUCCGAAGAGAUAUCAUCAAAAGACAUUAAGUGCUAGUGCAUUGUACAGAAGAAGUCUUAUAUCACUAAGAGGGUCAUCCAUAUCUGCUGGUACAUCAGCCACUCUUUCUUCUAUGCCAUUAAAUACCAAUAACUACAACAGCACUGAUCCAAAAAGUCCAACAAGAGGCAAUAAAAUCAAAUUACAUAUUCCACAAAAACCAUUAUCAACUUUAGAAGCUAGUGCAAAUUCAUUAGUUUCCAAUAAUAAUAUCUUAACACCCAGUAGGUCAAAUUCAUCUCCAUUAUCCCCCGGAAUUUUUCGUAAGAAUCAUAAAAGCAGUUCUUCUGAAUCAUCUUUGUUAAAUGCUAUCUUUGGUUCGUCAUCAAAUACCCCUACAAACCAGACUACCAAUAACACAACGCCACUAAAUCAUUUGAAACAUCAUUCUAAUCCUGAAAAUGAGAGGACACCAGGCCAAAAACCCAAUAAUACAUCGACUUAUAAUACUCCACAUAAUAAUAAGCAUCACUUUUCAAGCCAUAUUGCAUCAAUUCAACAACAAUAUAAUUUAAACAAAUAUCCUAGUCAAAAAAAAAGACAUAGUAUUUCAAACGAUAAUCUGAUAAAUGUUAAAGGUCAAAUUAAUACUUUAACAGGAUUAAAUAAUGGAGACGCCAUCUCAAGUAACUUAAGGCCAAUUAAAAACGAAGAAAAAGAGACCUUGUGGGAUAAAUUGAAACGAAGAAGUCAAAUUGGGUUAGGUUAUUCAAAUAGUACCGCUAACACUCCUACUACGGCUAAUACAUUAGCAAUAUCUACGUCAUCACUCAAUAAUAAUAACAAGUCAAACACAAGUUUAGUAACUUUAACUACAAAUAAUAUUGAAAAUAGCAAUACAAACAACACACCCAAUGUAACUUCAAAGUUAAAUUCGAAUUCUGAUGUAAUGUCCAAAAAGACUAAUUCAGAGAGACACAAAGAUACUACUUCUUCAUUUCAAAAAAAUGAAAAUUUAGAGAAGAUAUCAAAGAAGGUGAAGGAGAAAAGCACUUCACUAGAUAACGUCAAGAGUCCUUUUCAAGAUUAUUAUCCAAUAAUUAACAAUAAUUAUCAAGGCAACUCCAAAGAUAUAUUUAUAUGGAUAUCCAAAAACAAUAUUUCAUUUGUUUCUUUGAAAGUGAAUGGUAUAAAAGAUGUCAAUGAACUUAAAAUAACAAUCCAAAGUAAGUUAUCAAUACCUGCUGACCAUGAUAUUGCUAUUCAUAUGACUGAUUUUUAUAAUAAUCUUGGUCCUCCUAUUCCCAAUAAGGUAUUAGAAGCAAUAAAUAUUGAUGGUUUUGAACAAUCUACAAUGAAAUUUUAUAUUAAGGAACAAAUAAAGACAACAAGUAGACCUAGAACUGCUACAUUAUCCAAUGAACCGAAUCAACAAUUGAGAUCUGUCAGAAGUAGAAAUUCUGUAAGAUCAGUAGCAAGUAGUAUAGUGACAGAUGAUGUAUCUAUUGUUACAUCAUCGUCAGAUGUUACAUCAUUUGAUGAUCCGUCUGGAGGAACUGGAAGACGUUACCCACAAACACCAAGUAUAUAUUAUGACGCCUCCACUUCGAAUAAAAGUACAGAAGAAGAACUGAAUUAUUGGAAUAUCAAGGACCAACUUCCUUCUGAGAAUAUCCAAAAACAGUUACUACAAAAUUCUGCAGCUAUCAAUACUGGAAAAAUUGAUUCUACAAUUAAUAAAUCUAAAAAUACAACUCCUAGAAAAAAUUCAAAGAGUUCCUUCCAUGUACUCAUGAAAAAUGAUACAAACGAAAUUAAUUUUAACAAAAGAAGAGAAUCACCAUAUGUGAUACCAGAAUUAGCUCCUAAAAGGGAAGCUCCAAAAGCACCUGCAAAUAUUUCGCCUCCAAGAACAUUAUCUCAUUAUAAAUCUGCACCACAUCUUAGAAGAACAACAACAAAAAUACACAGAAAACCUGUUUCACCUUCAACUAGCAAAUUGGUCGGAUCUUUUAUGCCUGGAUCUACUCAAGUUAUGGUUCCACAACCCUAUAAGGGUGCUACUGACUUUGAAAGAAAAAUAAAAUCAGAAGACGAAGACAUAGUGUUAAAUCCUGUAUCCAAUUUUAUGUUGAAGCAGAGACUGGAUAGAUCUAAUUCACAUUCAUCAAUAAACCAUCCACUUAUUAAUAAUACACCACCAUUUUUGAAGAGAGGUGUCUCCAAACGAAUUGUAUCAUCAGCGUCUGCAGCUGAUGUAUUUGAGGAAAACGAUAUAACAUUUGCUGAUGCUCCUGCUUUAUCCGACACGGACAAUGACGAUACCUCUUCUGAUGAUAUUAUAUGGUCGAAUAAUAAGAAACAAUCAGAAGACAUUACUUCAACAGUUAAUAAUAUUGUAUCUAGUACAGACAAUAAAGAUAUCAAACAUUCAGUAUUAUCAGAUAUAUUCCAAAAAGAAGAAGAAAAUUAUUUAUCAGACGAUAAUUUGGAAAAGAGUAAUGGUCUAUCUCGUAAGAUGACAUUAAGGCCAUCUCCAGAAGAGGUUUACGAAAAUCUAGAAAAAUUCUUCCCCCCUGCUUAUUUAGAUAAACCAAUCUUGGAAAAUUUAAUAGCACCCACUUCUCCAAAUUCUAAUGCUCAACAUUCUUCAGUAUCUUCAAAACAAAAAAACACAGAUGAUGCAGUUAUUCCUGUAGAUAUUUCAUACCAUAAGCAUUUACCUAAGAGAACAAGGACUAUCAGAGCUAUUGCCAAUGAAGCAAACCAAGCCAGAAAGAAUUCCAUGAAAUUAAAAAGACAUAAUACUAAAAUGUGGGGUACCAGAAUGGUAGAAAUCACAGAAAAGCAAUUGGUAUCAAUUAACAAAAGUAAAAAUUCUAAAGGUGAGUACCGAGAAUUUGCAUGGAUGAAGGGGGAAAUGAUAGGAAAGGGUUCAUUUGGAGCUGUCUAUUUAUGUUUAAAUCUGACAACAGGUGAAAUGAUGGCAGUGAAACAAGUUGAAGUUCCUCAAUAUAGUUCUCAUGAUCAAAAUAUAAUUGAUAUGGUAGAAGCAUUGAAAUCUGAAGUGAAUACUUUGAAGGAUUUAGAUCAUUUAAAUAUUGUCCAAUAUCUGGGAUUUGAAGAAAAAAACCAUAUUUAUAGCUUGUUUUUGGAAUAUGUUGCUGGUGGUUCAGUAGGUUCAUUAAUACGCCUGUAUGGCCGUUUUGAUGAAAGUUUGAUUCGACAUUUGACUGUUCAGGUAUUAAGGGGUUUGGCAUAUCUUCAUUCUAAAGGUAUUUUGCAUAGAGAUAUGAAAGCUGAUAAUUUACUUCUAGACCAAGAUGGUAUUUGUAAAAUAAGUGAUUUUGGUAUUUCUAGAAAGUCAAACGAUAUUUAUUCUAAUUCUGACAUGACAAUGAGGGGUACUGUUUUUUGGAUGGCCCCAGAAAUGGUAGAUACAAAACAAGGUUAUAGUGCGAAAGUCGACAUAUGGUCACUAGGAUGUGUGGUGCUAGAAAUGUUUGCUGGGAAGCGUCCAUGGUCCAAUUUGGAAGUGGUAGCAGCUAUGUUCAAAAUUGGGAAAUCUAAGUCUGCGCCACCUAUUCCUGAAGAUACUUUGCCACUGGUUUCACAAGAUGGAAGAAAUUUCUUGGAUUCUUGUUUUGAAAUUAAUCCAGAUUUACGUCCAACAGCUGACAAACUGUUGUCUCAUCCUUUUAGUAAAGUUUAUGAGUCUUUUGACUUCAAACAAACAAAAUUAGCAAAUUUUAUUAGAUCUAAUGACAUUUUGAACUCCUCUAAGUUAAGAGCUACUUCUCAGGAAGGUUUAAAGAAAGAUAUAUAA